AUGGCUAUGAUAUUCCCCUACGAAAUAUCUGGGAAGAAUGUUGUAUUCUUGGACCGUACCGAGCUAUUUGAUUCCGGGUCAGUAGUGGAGGACUCUAGCAACUCUAGGGAGAACUCCAAGAAGAACUCCGCACAGAAGUCAACACUCGAUAUCUGGGCAGAGCAGGUAGACAUUCAGAAGACACUCAAGCUUCUCCACCGCCUCUUACAGCAUGUGAAGCAGAUGGCUGAGGCUAUGCAGAGCCAGGGCGUCUACACAUUUGCCUUGAAGCAACUACGUAAGAAUGAUAAGAUACUAAAGGUUGAGACAAAGGGAAGCCCCUCGGCACAUUUGGUGAUUGAUCUAAUAUCGCCGAAGGUUCAGCAUGAUCUUGGCCAGGUCCGGGACGGCGACGAAAGAGAAGGUGUCGAUACGGAAGUUGACGAUGAGACGAAGGAUAGGGGCGAAGGGGUGGAGAACAAGAAAGAAAGUGAUGAUGAGAAUGGAGAUGAUGGUCAGGGGGCGACGAUUGAAAUAACUGAUGGAACUACAAGUUUCUAA